GGAUGGACAGAUGGAUGUGUUCUCGUGUGGGAAAGCGUUUGUGUGCGCUGCUGCUUUUAGUUUCGAUUACCGGAGUUAGACGUUUUCAAGGUGACGGUCAACAUUGGGAUAUAUUUGCUGGAUAAAAUAAAUAUGGUGAAAGGACUUUAUGGAUUUCUGACACUCGGUGUGUUGGUGUUUACAGGUGGUCCUACACAUGCCUCCUUUCCUCUUGAGCUCAACCCUCCCAGAGUGGUGGUGAGAUAUGGAGACUCAGUCUCAGUCAACUGCAGCACAUCAUCCACAGACCAUGAGGGGAUGGGCUGGGAGGCCACAUUCGGAGGUACAGGUUUUGAAGAGGUCAACUUUGUCAUCUGGACUGUGGAGGUCCUUACUGAUUGGACAAUAGAACCUAAAUGCCACAUCACUCUCAUUGAUGGCGAACAACCCUCAAAAGUACUUCCAGUCAUUCUCUACAAGACUCCAGACAGCGUCUUCAUCUCUGUUCUGAGACACUCUGGUCCCAUGGUGGAGGGGACAGAGUACCAGCUGCAGUGUGACAUCCAGAACAUCGCUCCUCUACAGAACCUGGUUGUGAAGUGGUACAAAGGGAAUGAACUCUUAGAUAAUGUAACUUACAGUAACGUCAGUAAGACACCAGUGGAUGUGUCAGCUACUCUGAUGAUCAGCCCCAGUAGAGAUGAUGAUGGAGCUCAGUAUAGAUGUAGAGCAGAACUGGACCUGGGACCAGAGGGACCACAACCUCCUCUCAUAAUGACAUCAGAACCUCUUAAUAUCACCGUAUUCUACCCCCCAACCUUUUCCAGACCUGAAGCUGAGACCCUGGACAUCAGAGUUGGGGAAGAAAUCACCUUAAACUGCACGGCUACUGGAAGGCCCACUCCUCUGUACAGCUGGCAGUCUUCACAUGUCCAAGAAGCUCUUUUCACCACCCCGUCCGAGGUCCCAGGAAACUACACCUGCACUGCCUCCAAUCAGAUAGGCAAGAUCAGCAAGACAUUCACUGUGAAUCCCAAACCUAAAGGGGGCAGAACAACGUUCUGGGCUAUCAUAGGAUCGGGCCUGGGCCUGGCCUUUGUGGUCGUGAUUGUCUAUGUCGUUGUCAAAUACAGAGCAGGUCCCAACUCCAUCAUCUGUUCACUUUGGAGUUGCCAAGCAGGACCAAGUCGGAAUUCCACUCGCCUUUCAACUCCGACCAUAGUGGACCUCAUCAAAGUCUGCAAAAAGAUGGAAAACUACUUUCUAAAAUGGAUCCUAACCUUUUGCAUGUUCUGCACCGUGUCAGGUGAAGGAUGCUCUCUGGAGCUGAAACCCUCCAGGGUGGUGGUGGGGUUUGGGGAGCCUGUGUCUGUCAGCUGUGAGGCCUCUCGCCCGGUGCGUGUCCUAGGCUGGGAGUCAGCCAUCGGGGCAGCACACACCCAACAGGACCGUGCUGUCCAAUGGAAGGUGGACAGUCUGAUCGACUGGAUCGAGGAGCCUAUCUGCUACGGAGUCUUCUUCACUGCACCCAGACAGUGUGAGGAGAAGCUCAACCUCAUCCUUUACAAGACUCCAGACAGUGUCACUAUCAGCUCAGCGAACCACACUGGUCCCAUGUUGGAGGGGAAAGAGUACCAGCUGCUCUGUGAUGUCCAGAACAUCGCCCCCGUUCAAUACCUCACUCUGAGGUGGUACAGAGGGCAGACUGAAGUUUACAACCACUCUUUCUCUGAUCUGACCCCUGCCUCCCCUGUCCAAGUAUCCUCCAUCCUCCUGAUCACCCCAACCAAAGCUGAUAACGGAGCCCAGUACAAGUGUGUGGCUCAGCUGGACUUGGGACAAGAGGGACCACAACCGCCUCCUUCAGUGACAUCAGAGCCUCUCAACGUCUCUGUGCACUGUGAGUCUAUUCACUCAACCCAACCAUUAAUAGUUUCAUGA